AUGACUCAUGAACGUAUAUCCGAAGAAGCGCAUGGCGAACUUGCCUCUUUUUUUACAAAUGAAACUGAUCUUUUACUUGGCGAUGAAAUUAUGGAUAUAGUCAAUGGUUCUAAUUUUGUAAAUGAUCUUAAUGAUGUUGGUCUAUGUGAUUUCGACCAAAUGAUCGAAUCAAUAAUGGGUCCUGUUGAACCAAAUGACUUAGAUAAAUACUUAGGUCUACCCAAUCAACAAGUUUUAGAUAGGUCUCCUGAUUAUGACAACAAUUGUGCAUUGGCUUUGAGUGAUAUAUUUGCAACACCAAUUAUAAAAGGAGAAAAGAUUUAUUCAAAUACUAAACAAGUUGCAUUGUCACAAUCGGUUGGUGUUGGUCAAACACAAAAUAUACCCAAACCUUCGCAAAAAAUCUCUAUUCCUUAUGAUUUAGAAGAAUCUUUUCGACCUCGUUACAAAAGUGACUAUUUUGCUCAGAAUGGAAAAAAUCGUAAACCAAGAUAUGUUGCUGAUCGAAUUGGUAAUCACUUUGUUACUAUCAAAGUUCCAGUAGGUGUUCGUGGUUAUAUUCGAGUUGCUUGGCUAACGAUACCUGAUAAAUCUGGAAAUCAAUAUUAUAUGCCUUACAAAUUUCAGCAAAGUAAUGUUUCAAUACAAGAACAGGAUGUUAACCCAUUAUACGUUCCAAUUGCUGCUGAUAGCCAUGGAUAUAUGAGAUUAUAUCUCGUAUUAAUUAAAUCAACACAAGGUGAACUUAAAUCAAUUAAUUCAUUGGAACCAUUUCAACCAUUUCGAAAUUUGCUUGGUGCAUUAGAUGAAAAGAAGACAGAACAAAAAUUGGCAUUAACUCCCAAGCAAUUGAUUCAUAUGUAUCAAUUAGAUCAGUCUCAAUUAGCAUUUACAUUUUGUUCGAUAAGUCCAGAUGGAAAGCAGACUAUACAUGAAUGGGAUACAACUGUUUAUUCAACAAUUCUCACUGAACUACCACCAGAGAAUUCAAAACGAAAAAUAAUUACAUGUCCAAGAUGCACACAUGAAUUUCCAUUACAGAUAAAUGGUGAUGAUGAUGGUAUUCCAAAAAAAGUUACAAAGAAACGAAAAAUAAUAACUAAAUUUUCAAUUAAUCGAAAAAAAAUGACAGUUGAAACUGAUACAAUUAAGAAUCCAAAAGAAUCUCCCACAAAAACAAAACGUAAACGUGCAUCACGUUCAAGUUCAAGUGGUUCAAGUUCAUCAGGCACGACAAGUUCCUCAUCUGCUUCGAGUCGUUCAUCGUCAUCCUCAUCAUCUAAUUCAUCAUCAUCAACUAGUCGUUCAUCAUCAGCUGCAUCAUCACCAGAAAAAAAAGGUGAUCGUAAUAAAGUAAAUAAUAAUAAAUCAUCAAAUAAAAAAUCAUCAGAACAUGAUAUAAUUGAUGAAAAAAAACCUGUUCAAUCAACAAAUUCAACACGUCGUAGUCCAAGUCCAUCAUCACGUCGGCAAGAAAAAGAAGCUACCAAAAUUUAUAUUGGUAAACUAUCUUUAAAUGUUAAUAAAGAACAUUUAGCUGAAAUUUUUGGAACAUUUGGUGAAAUAAAAGAGAUUGAUUUACCAUCUCAUCGUAUAUAUACACAUCUUCAUCGUGGUUUUGCUCAUAUUGAAUAUGUGACAGCAAAUGGUGCUGAACAAGCAUGUAAAUAUAUGGAAGGUGGACAAGUUGAUGGCAAAGAAAUUGUUUGUGUGCUGGUUCAUGGUCAACCACCACAUUUAUCUUCGGAUAGAAAUCGUCGAGAACGAUCACCUUAUCAUGGAAGACGUCGACGUUCACCAUUACCACCAUCACGUCAUUAUCCACCACAAAGACGUAUGGGAGAUCGUGAUCGUGAUCGUGGAAGAUAUAAUGAUCGACGAGGUGGAUAUUCACCACCAUCAAGAAAUUAUCGACGUGGACAAUCACCACCGACAUCUAGUCGACGAACUGGUGCAGGUGGAAAUGCGGCUGAAUCACCAAAGAAAAAAGAACGUAGAUAUUCACGAUCAAGUUCAAGUGAAUCAAAAUAA